UUUUGGCCUGGCUGUGAAGCGCCUCCUCCGCCCCCCUGUCAGGUAUGGAGGGGUUGGGGAAAGGAGGUCGUGUUCCUGGGGCUGCCCCUGACAGGCCAGCUGACGCCCCUUGAUGUCUCCAUGGCCGUGGUGAGGCAGGAGAGGACUCAAGCAAAGCCACCGACGCCCGCAUUAUACCGGUCAAGGCAAGAGUAUGAGAGGAGAUCACGAACUCUUGCUGCCAGUGGUCUGGGGCCGCAGAGGACUGUAAAACAGAUUAAGAAGAUUUGGGAAAACAUGAGAUCAAGGGCCAAGAAGUUUGUUAGUGACCAGAAGAAAAAACUGUGUCGAACAGGAGGUGGUCCUCCAAGUCCAGUCGUCAAGCCAGACCCUGUAUUGGAGAAAAUCCUUGCUCUCAUCGCAGACGAGCUAGAACUGGACCCAAACCACAAUGACAGUGACAGAUGGCCAACAGAUGUCACUGUUGUUGUUAUUAUUAAUGAGAAGGGAGAGCAGUUGGAUGAGCCGAUGGCCAUGACUGAACAGCCAUCCACAGCAUGCUCAGUGCCUAUUUUGCUCAUGCCUACCAGAGGAAAUGAUAGUGCACCUGCUGCUUGCACCUCUUUUGUUGAGUCAUCGGGAACUGCAGCUUUGCUCUACAGUCCUGCCAUCCACAGCACACCUCUUCCUUUAACUUCUAAGGACGUUCGUGGAACUGUAGUGUCAUCCUCAAGCUCCUCCAACCACUGUACACCACUUUCUUCAACCUCUGUUGAGGUACCUGCAACAGUAGCUUCAAUUUGUAGCACACCUCUUCCUUCCACCUCUGUUUUGGCAUCGGUACCAGUUACCUUUCCAAGUGAAUUGUCACCAAUACAGUCUUCCAGUGCGAGAGGAAAAGUGAGUGGGAAAAAGUUUAAAGCAGAGAAAAGGCAAGUGGAAGACAGUGUUGGCAGAGAGUCCUAUGAAAUGUUGUCAAAGUUUCAAAAGGAAGAACAUGAAAUAGUGAUGCAAAUUCAUAAACAAAACUUAGAAAAUAAAAAGAUGGAAGGGGACUGUCUAUGCCAAGCAAUGAAAAUUAUGUCUUCUAUACAUUCAAGAGUUGAAAACACUGGAAGAUGUGCAUGGAGCUGCAGGUGCAUUUGUAGAUUUCUUGGACAAUUCUAGAAAUGAUAAGGCAUAAAUUUGUACAGUCGGCGCCUCUCGACGUGAUCGCGAGCAAAACAAUGUGCGUAAAAUUACUUCUGUUCCUGAAAAUGGCCAAACUACAAGACAUGAGAAAUUGAUACUUGUUAUGAAUACAUAUUAACUAACCUCCUAUUUACUGAUGGGGUAGCCUUUCCGUUUUCGUACCUCCAUCAAGCGACUGGGGAGAGAGUCUGCCAGCUUCUCCACAGUUUCUUGUGACACACUGCUCCACGCCCGACGAAGUGCACAUUCUAAUUUGGGCAAUGUUGAUGUGUCCUCGUUUCUCAGCUUGCACUUCACGAUGUCCCACAGAUUUUCGAUGGGUGACAUGUCCGGGCUGUUAGCUGGCCAGUCUGGAAUGCAUUCCACUUGGCUUGAAACAAGCCAUUCUUUGACGAUGUGCGCGGUGUGGCACGGAGCGCCGUCCUGCUGCAGCACCUCACCACCAGUCGCUGCGAAACAGUCAGCCAGACGACUGUCUAACAAGCUGAGAUACACAUCUUUGGUGACUGACUGACCCUUAGGGAAGAUGUGUAAGUCAGCCACGCCCCCGUAAGAGAACGCACCCCACGCCAUGAGGGAGGGAGGGUGCUUCACAGACUUGGCGGUGAACUUGGGAUCGUGCGGGUCAGAGCCUUUCCGGCGCCACACCUUCUUCCCUUUCGUGUCACUGACCCUGAACGUGGCUUCAUCAGUCCACAAGACACGCCUCCACUCAUCUAAAGUCCAUGAACUGUAUUUCUGAACGAAAGCCAGCCUCUUUUUCCGAUGCACCUCGGAAACAAAAGGCUUGUUACGAGCGCGCAUUUUUCGAUAGUUUAGCUUGGUUUGGAUAUUCUUCUGGAUGGUACGCACACUAACAUCCUGGAGGAGCAUGGGAUUCUGUUCCUUAAGCUGUCUUGCUGUGAGGUGAGGGUUUUGGUCUAGCUGACGCUUGAUGUGGGCCAGAGUCCUGCCACUAAUCUUUGGGCGCCACCCACCACCAUGUAAGUGGUGAGGAAUCUCACGCUCUCCCGAGGACUUAAAUUUAACAAUGAGGCGGCGCACUGUCACUGGCUUCACACCGGUCUGAUGACUUAUUUCCUUGGUGCUGAGGCCUAAUUUAUAGCACUCGAUCACUCGCACAAUAUUAUCCUCACUUGUGUAAGCUUUUGACAUGACGGGAAAUAUUA